GUGAGGAUGCAGGGGUCACCGGCCAGUAAAUCAAAUAAAAAGGUAGUGAAAUCCUCGAAAACAGGGGUGUGGUGACGUCAAAUCGCACUCGUCAAGCUCUCACAUAUCAUCUUUUAAGAUUAAGGUCGUGUUUAGGUGACGCGUUUCAGUCGGUGAUUCCACGGAGUUAGGAAUGGAGGACGACGGUUCCAGCUCGAUCCGCCGCAUGUCAAGCCGAACGCGAAAAGUUGCGUCCAAAAUGGCCGCCGCACUUGCCAGCGCCGACAACCGCACUCAGGCGGCACUUGCACGCUUGGAUGCUUUGGAGAAUGACAAUGCGGGUUUUGAAAUCGCAGAUGCCAAUAACGAUGAUGAUGAAGCUUCUCUCGACGAGGAGGAUCAAUUUUAUAUACAGAAAAAGCAGUCUAAAGGCACAAAAAGAAAGACCAGACAGGCAAAAGCACUUGAAGCUAGGAGGGCCCCGAGAACAUUCCUUGAGCUCUUGCAUGAGGCUAACUUAGAAUCAUUGUCACCUCACGUGCCCUCCUAUUGGAAAGCCGCAGUUGGACCUCCAAGCUCAACCUCCCGUCGCCCCUUCUGUACCGUUUGUGGUUUUUCUGCUAAUUACACUUGUGUGAGAUGUGGUAUGCGCUUUUGUUCCUAUAGAUGUCAAAAUGUGCACAAUGAUACUCGUUGCUUAAAAUUUGUAGCCUAAUUCAUGGCCCACAAAAAUGCGCACAAGAACAUUAUUGGACGCACUAUUGUAACUUGUUAUAUAUCAGUGUUCACCA